ACAUGCAAUCACAAUGGAAGAUUCUAGAUGCCUUUGUUAUUGUACUGAUAUUAAUGAUUGAGACCAAACGUAUCUCUAAUGGCAGUUGCCAAACGAUCUCUCAGCUAUAGUACUAUACACGUUUAUUGAAUUAAAAUUGAGAAGCCACGUUUGCAAUUAAAGAGUCAAAAACCAUCGACAAACCUGAAAAAACACUCUUUCUACCCACUGCCGGCUCACCGUCAUCAUCUGCAGAAAAAGAAGGAAAAAAAAAUGUACAAAAAGGCGAAAGCCAUAUGGAGAAAAAGGUACACUGCUUGCUUUUCUCAUUCUUCCAUUUUCACUUUGUAAGCUUCUGAAACCUCUCUGCAAACUGCAAAGUAAAAACUCAUUGCAGCUACAUAGCUACCUCAAGCUAACAUCAUCACUCCGAUGGCAGAAUCUGACAAUCCCCACCGUUCUAUAGAUCCAAACACCGGUUUCUGUCCCCAAACGAGGACUUUCCACAGUCUCAGGCCAUUCGUACCUCUCCCACCACCGUCUCAGCCUCUCUCCCUCCCUCAAUAUGUCCUCUCUCUUAUCCGCUCCUCCUCCACCCCCACCACCGGCGAUACCACUUUUGCUGUCGACGCUACUAACGCAGGCACCCUCUCCUACUCCCAAUUCAUUUCUCAAAUCCAUUCCCUCGCUCACUCCCUCCGGAAAAACUAUUCCCUUUCCCAAAACGACGUCGCCUUCAUACUCUCCCCUCCCUCUCUUCGUGUCCCUUUGCUUUACUUCGCUCUCAUGUCGUUAGGAAUCGUUGUCUCUCCCGCCAACCCGCUGAGUUCCGAGUUGGAGAUUGCUCACCAGGUUCAACUGUGUAAACCCGUUAUUGCGUUCGCCACAUCGAAGACGAGUUCCAAGCUUCCAUCUCUCAAACUGGGAACUGUCCUCCUCGACUCGCCCGAGUUCCUCACUUUCUUAACUCAACACCAUGUCGAUAACGACUUCAUUAAUAGAGUCCAUGUGAGCCAGCACGACACAGCGGCGGUACUUUAUUCUUCGGGGACCACCGGGCGAGUCAAAGGCGUGAUGCUGAGUCACCGGAACCUGAUCGCGUUGAUUGCCGGGUUUUACCACAUAAGGCAUUUUCCCCAGGAGCGGAGGGAACCGCACCCGGUGUCGUUUUUCACGGUGCCUUUGUUUCACGUGUUUGGGUUCUUUAUGUUGGCGAGGGCGUUCUCGAUGGGACAAUCGGUGGUUUUCACGGAGAGAUUUGAAUUUGAGGGAAUGUUAAGAGCCAUAGAGAAGUACAGGAUAACUUACAUGCCCGUUUCGCCGCCGCUUGUGGUGGCGUUAAGUAAAUCAGAUUUGACUAAAAAGUAUGACCUCAGCUCGCUUCUGUUGCUUGGUUGCGGUGGCGCCCCGCUUGGCAAGGAGGUUGUUGAGCGGUUCAAGGAGAAAUUUCCCGCCGUGGAACUUGUUCAAGGAUAUGGGCUGACUGAAACUGGAGGGGGAGCAACAAGGGUGAUAGGGCCUGAGGAGGCAGCACGAUAUGGGACAGUUGGCCGCCUUGCUGAAAAUAUGGAAGCCAAGAUUGUCGAUCCUGUAACUGGAGAGGCCCUGCAGCCCGGGCAGAGAGGGGAGCUAUGGUUGCGGGGUCCAACAGUAAUGAAGGGUUAUGUAGGAGAUGAGAACGCAACCGCUGAAACCUUGGAUUCAGAAGGCUGGUUAAAAACUGGCGAUAUUUGUUAUUUUGACUCUGAAGGGUUUCUUUACAUUGUAGAUAGAUUGAAGGAAUUGAUCAAAUACAAGGCAUAUCAGGUCCCUCCUGCUGAAUUGGAGCAUUUACUUCAUUCCCAUCCUGAAAUUGCUGAUGCAGCUGUGAUUCCGUACCCUGAUGAAGAAGCAGGGCAGAUUCCCAUGGCCUAUGUAGUGAGAAACCCUGGAAGUAGCAUCACUGAGUCUCAAGUCAUGGAUUUCAUUGCAAAACAGGUUGCGCCAUACAAGAAGAUUCGACGUGUUGCUUUUGUUAACUCUAUUCCGAAAUCCCCAGCAGGAAAGAUCUUGAGGAGGGAGCUGGUUAAUCAUUCUCUAUCUGGUGGUUUAUCUAAAUUAUAAAACCAUAUCUGGAAUAUAUGACAAUAGGAUAUCGCCAAAUGCUGGGAAGGAGCUGCAGUAAACAAUGAAAACUUUGUUGGCAUCUGCUUAAAGCUUUGGAUACCACCGCUGGCUGGUUAUUGAUUACAGCUCAAAUUGAAAUCAAAUUCCCUUCACAUUUUGGGAUUCUAAAUGAGUUCCCUUACUCCCGGCAUUUUCCAUAGCAACAAAAUCAUAAAACAGUAACUGUAUUUCCAUCAGAAUCAUUAAUUUAUUGAUCGUAGAUUGUGAAUUGUGAUUCAGAUUAUGUUAUUACUGUUUUGUGUAAUUGAAGGAAAAGAAACAUAGAUUAUACCAUUCUACCACUGAA